AUGGAAAGGCGUAACCGUCAUAACCGUGCACCGGAGCACGGCAUGUUCUGGAUGGCUGCAGGGAUGGUAAUCAGAGUAACUGAGUUGGCUGAAGGGAAGACAGCACCGAAGUUACCGGUGCGGAGAUGCGCCGAGGCCGUCGAAGGCUUACAUAUCCGUGCGAACAGCUCAACUCGGAUCAAUGGCGGACCCCGAGAUCGACCUUUUCCAACUCUCACGAAUGAAGCAUUCCAGGAGCAACUUCGGCGCAAGAAGAUGGAGAUGGGUGUCGUAGCCGACAGCAGCUUUCAAACACAGACGUACGACGCAGUGUGGGCCAUGGCGGCCACUAUGAAGAAGUCGGAGCUCAAGUGGAUAGCCGAGGGUCAGCCCUACAGACUGAAGAACUUCAGCUAUGACAACGCGACGGGCAAGCCGAUGACGGACACCAUGUUCAGCAUCAUGGGCAAUCUAGACUUCGUCGGCGUCUCGGGCCCCAUUUCAUUCGCCGGACCGGACAGAAGAGGCGUCUCUGCAUUCUACCAGAAUCAAGGUAGGAAGCUCUAA